UAUAAAUAGAGAGCUAUAAGCUUACUUUAAGUACUCGUCGCACUAUCUUCUAAUCAACAACUCCCAGGCCUAAACAAAUUCAAGACAAAAUUUAGAUAUUAUAUUGAAAUUGGUUAGAUUAUUCUUAUAUAAAAACUGAUUCUGCCUCUUUAUGCAAGAUCUAUAUUCAUGCUGAAAUAUUUAAGCUGUUUAAAAUGGCACAUGUAUGAGCAAUUAAAAGUGAUUUAUAAUGUUGAAAACUAUUCUAAUUCGGAUAAAAAUCACGAUGAAAGUAUUUUCUUAAACCGUGCCAUUUUUUAUUCUUUGUCUUCUUUGUAUUGAGAGAAAACCUGUCUCACUGUGAACUGUUUAAAGAAAAAACAGCAAAGAAAAUAACUAACUUUAUUAUAGUAAAAGUGGAUACGAUUUAGUCUGCGAUGAGAUUGAAAACUCAAUGCAGUAGAUGUACCAUAACAGCAACCUGCACAUAAUUUUAGUGGCGCUUCCAGAGAUGUGGCUAAAUACAACGAAAGUGAAAUAACUAUCAAGACUGUAUUUCCCUGUCUCCAAUCCCCAAUUUCAAUAGCCAAAAACCCAAAUCUGUUGAAAGAAGAUGUAUGUUUGUUCAGAGAAAGGUUUUCCUUCGAAGUCAAAAGCACUGCCUUCUUUCUUUACAAUUGAGGUUACUAUAGGACAGGGGCUACAGAAAAGUUGUCUGACAUCUUAAGAUUAGUUUCUACUGCUGGUACGAGAAAUUAAAGAAAGAAAUUUUCAUUGCCUAAAGACUAUAAUAAUAAUAUUACAUGGUAUUUUAAUAUAUUUCUUUUUUAAUCAUUCCAUUGUGUAACUUAGACGAAUUGAUAAGAACAUAAAUACAUUUUUUGUUUAAUUAUAAUGUCUAAAAAUAUCCAUAUUCAUUAGUAACUCAACCACUAGAAAAACAUUAUUCUUGUAAAAUAUUUUUUGUAGAUUUUCUCUGUUUUAACCUACAUGAGAUAGUACACCCUCAUAAAACCUUAUAAUUACCCUCAUAACCAUAUAAAGGAUGAGUUUAAAAGAUAGCAAAUUGGUUAAAAUUCACUCUGAUGAGAAACCUUUUUCUUGUGGUAUGUGUGAUAAGAGUUUUUUAUGGAACUGUGAUCUGACGCAUCACAUUCGUAUUCAUACUGGGGAAAAACCUUAUUCUUGUAGUGUAUGUAAUAAGAGUUUCUCGAAUAAUGGCAACCUGGCAAAGCACAGACGUGUUCAUACAGGUGAAAAGCCUUUUUCUUGCAGUGUGUGUAAUAAGGGUUUUUCACGGAAUUCUCAUCUGAGUCGACACAUUCGUAUUCAUACUAAAGAAAAACCUUAUUCUUGUUCCUUGUGUAGCAUGAGUUUUUCAGAUAGGUCUAAUCUAAUUGUGCACAGACGUGUUCAUACUGGUGAGAAACCUUUUUAUUGUAGUUUGUGUAAUAAGAGUUUUUCACAUAGCAGUAAUCUGACUAAGCAUAGUUAUAUUCAUAGUGAAGAGAAACCUUAUUCUUGUAGUGUCUGUAGUAAGAGUUUCUCACAAAAGGACCAUCUAACUCAACACAAUGGCGAGCAUUCAAGUGAAAAAGCUUAUUCUUGUGACUUAUGUACUAUGAGUUUUUCAUGUAAGGGUGAAUUGACUGAACACAAACAUGUUCAUAGCGGUGAAAGGCCUUAUUUAUGUUGUGUAUGUAAUAAGAGUUUUUCACUGCAAGAACGUCUUAUUAGACAUUGUCUCACUCAUACUGGAGAGAAACCAUAUUCAUGUGACGUAUGUAAUAAGAGUUUUUUACGUAGAAGUGGACUGACUGAUCACAAACGUAUUCAUACCGGUGAAAAACCUUAUUCUUGUAGUGUAUGUAGCAAGAGUUUUUUAACCAAGAGACAACUGACUAGUCACAAUCGCAUUCAUACAAGGGACCAGCAAUAAAUAAUUUAUUAUAAUUGUCCAUGUUUUUGUUCUUACUGCUGAAUAACUUUAUUCUUGUAAUGCGUGUAAUAAAAGUUUUUAUACAUUA